CUUCCCUGUUUCGCUCCCUGGAAACCAAAUCUAGCCCAUUGAUCGUGUCACCACUCAGUAGGCUCCGGCGCUCCGCCAGCUUCAGCCAGACCAAAAACCGUCUCUCCUGUCGUCCAUAGUCGUGUGCCCAUGUACCCGCGCGUGAACCCAGACGCGCUGCCGGCCCCGGGCAACCUUGAGAUGGGCCACACUAUUCCGUACCCACCGCCGCUGCCGCCGGAGGAGGUCCUGCCCGUGACCGUGAUCCAGCAGCGGCACGGCGCCGGGGCCGCGCCUGACAGGAACAGCCGCGAGGACCUUGACCCCAGCGCGCUGCUCGUGGGUGCCACGCUGAUCACGAUGCUCGCGUUCCUGCUCGGCUCCAGCGUCCCCGGCGGGUACUGGCCGCAGGACACGCCGUCGGGGGACGGCAACGGCAGCAGGAUGUACCGCGCCGGAGACCCCGUCAUGCGCGACCUGCACCGGCCGAGGUACUGGGUGUUCAGAGUGGCGAGCUGGGCGGGGGUCGCGAGCUCCAUGGUGCUGACGCUGAGCCUGCUGGUGAGGAUGGCCGUGGCCUCGCGCCACGUGCGGUGGUCGUUCGCGGUGGCCUACGCUAGCCUGCUCCUCACCUUCGCGGCGUCGCAGACCAGGACGCACCUGUCGCUGGACAUCAUCCUCUGCCUCGCCGUCCUCCUCGUUUCCUGGCUCAUCACCAGCGUCCGCGAGGAGAACCGCGCGUGCGUCAUGAAGGUGCUCUGCUGCAGCAGCAGCAGCCGGGACAGCUAAACAGAACCUUUUUUUCGGCAGCAGUACCGUUCAAUCCUCUCAACUUUUGCUUGUUCGUUGGUGAUGCGAUGCUUGCUUAAUUAAAUGGAUUUCCUCUGAGCUCAGUGAAAAUUAUAGUUAGGCACGAGAGAAGCCGCAAAGAUAUGUGGUAAAAUUUUAUGUGCAAGCGGUGUGUUGUACUCUACCUAUCCUUCUUGUGAUAUCUGAUAUAUAUCGAAAUUCGAAACUGUAUCCUUGUUUGAGCGUGUUACUGCUUCCAUAUACAUAAGUUGGCGUGGUUAUGUAAAUGUAAGAAAAGAAGAGUUUGUUGAAAUUAUCUGGAUUUACUAUUC